GCAUCAACCAGCACAGUCACAGUGUUCCAAGUGGUUCCAGUAACAACCAAUCAACAAAUCACCAAAAUGAAGGUCAUCGCCGCAUUCGUCCUCUUCACCGCCGUCGUCGGAGCCCUGGCUGACUACCCAGCCCCACCACCACCGAAGCCAUACCACGCCCCACCCCCACCAGCGUACCACGCCCCGGCCCACCACGCUCCAGCUCCACACCACGCCCCGGUCGUCCACACCUACCCCGUCAAGGCCCCGGCAGCCAAGUGCGGCGCUAACCUGCUGGUCGGAUGCGCCCCAAGCGUUGCCCACGUCCCAUGUGUCCCAGUGCACGAACAUGGCCACCACGCCCCAGCCCCACACUACUAGGAACACCGAGCUGGACGGAAGCACGGUGGGAACGACGAUGACCGACACGGGUACGGAUUCUGGACCACGGCAAGGAACAACGAGCUGACACGGUUGAUGCGGAAUAGUAUUGAACAAAUUGUUUUUAUUUUUAUAAUUUUUGAGACUUUUUGAUUGAAUGUUGUGAGUGUGAAGGAGAAUAAAUUGUUAGUUUUUUUUAUACAAAAAACG